UGUAAAUUAUUCAUUUUUCAUGCGCGUCCGGUUCAUACAUCCUUAGGUGCCUUUUGAAUCUCAGAGUAUCAUUCUCGGUCUUCAUUUCGUUAUGCAAUAGAUAAUGCUUGUAAACUCUUCGUUCUUGUCGUCUUCGUAAUUAAGUUCACCUGCAAAUCCACACCAUGGAAGAAAAAUACGAACAUAAUCAGCAUUCUGAAUUUUCCUCUGAAGCUGUUAUGACUGAAGCAUCACCCAUUGCAGCUGGGAGAGUGAAUACUAUCGAUGAAAUCGUUGCUUUGAUCGUUUCAGGACAGUCGGCCCCGUUCUAUGUGCCUACGUUAGAUAAGCUCAACAGAGAACAGCUUACGGCUUACACUUCUGACGGUCUCGAUCCUUUGACGAUUUUGAAUCCAGUAACUCAUUCGGCAGCUUAUCUAUAUUUCAUUACAGCAAGAUGCUUAGAAGCAACAGAAACAAAUAGCAUGCAGUUAUAUCAGUUACUUGACCACUUUAUCAGACAAUUUGACCCGGAACAAGUUAGAAUAGCAGCAGCUUGCUUUACACUCAUAGGAAGCACAUUAUUACAUUUAUCAGAAGUAUUAAGAGAGCCUUUAUUACCACUUUUAAGCUUCAGGAUAGCCAUUGAAAGGUUUGCUGAAGGAGAAAAUGUGCUCACCUCCCUUCAUGCGCCUUUUCUAAGGGCCUGUAUAAGAGCUAAGGCAUAUCGAUAUCCACUUUAUCUACUUGAUCAUGACAUUGAAAUUAUUCAACCAAAUAAUUACGAUGUUAAUAUUCGAAACUUUCUGGAGUACUACUACUACGGAGCUAUCCUUUACAUCGGCAACAAAAAGUACGACCGAGCCUUAGAGUUCCUUACUAUUGUGAUAUCUGCACCUACUCAGCAGAAUGUAGUUAGCGCCAUUCAAAUUGCUGCGUACAAAAAAUUCGUUCUUGCCAGUUUGAUUACAGAUGCACGCAUUCGUACCUUACCUAAAUAUACAGCACCAGGCGUAGAAAAAGCGUGUAGAUUUCAUUCCACUGCGUAUAUCAAUUUGUCGAAAGCUUUUGAAGAUACUAAUAUACACCAAUUUAAUGAUACACUUCAAAAAUCGUCUAAUGUGUUCAGAGGGGAUAACCAUAUGGGCUUAGUUAAGCAAUGCUAUCAAUCACUUCGACGCAAAAAGAUCAAAGAAUUGACAAAAGUGUAUAUUACAGUGGGUUUGGAAGAAAUGGCACGUAAAAUCGAAGAUGUGUCACCGGAAGAAUUAGAACAUAUUCUAAUCGAAAUGAUCAACCAGAACCAUAUUCAAGCUUCUAUUUCAGUCACAGAUCAACACAUAAAAAUGGUACACUUUAAUAUUGUUCAGAAUGAGGAACAGCAAAAAAAUAUAGAAGAUCGCAUACUCGAAAUUUCUACAUUGAACGAUCGUGUUGCUUAUAUGAAUAAAUUGGAAGGAUUAAAUAGAAUUUUCCAAGGAAAGGUAAUUGUGCAAUCAAGACAAAGCAAAAUACAUCGAUGCUAACUGAUAUCAAUAUGCCGACUAUGACGCAUGACCAAUAGUAUAUGACUUUAAGCGCUAAUAGUGGGCAGCUGGGCACUACCACAUUUGACGAGGAAAUUGAUGCCAUUUCAGAAGACGAGAAAUAGUUUAUAUGGAUGCCAAUAUUGUACAAUACAUUUCCGCUGGAAUAAAUGGCCUGAUAAAAUAGACUACGAAGGAUAUUGUUUAUGAGAUAUAUAUCCUAUGUAUACCGCGAAAAAGCGUAGGGCAAUACUUCCCAAAAAUAUGCAAUAAUAUGCUUAUGUGUGUCUAUCCAAAAAAAAAAAGGAAAAAAU